AUGUAUAUUUAAUAGAAAUAAAUUGAUUUUUUUAAAAAAGUUAAAAUUUAUUUUUGCAAUUAAUCUUAUCUGAUAUAUUCAACAAGAUAUUACGAUACAUGGGGAUCCCUUCAGCAAGAUAAAAAAAGCUACGUCGGCUUAUCAAACCAAGGAGCAACCUGCUACAUGAACAGUCUUCUCCAAACCUUAUUCAUGUCCUGCGAUUUCCGCAAAGAGCUUUACAAAUGGCAAUAUAAUCAAGAUCGCCAUGGUGAAAAAGAAGAUUGUAUCCCUAUUUUUUUCCCCAAAACAAUAUAAAAAAUAUUUUUUCAUUAAAAAAAUUUCUCUUGUAUCCCUUUGCAGCUUCAAUUGCUUUUCAGUAAGCUUCAACUGCGAGAAUACCACUAUAUCGAAACCACAGGACUGACCAAAAGUUUCCAAUGGGACAUGCGGGAUGGCUUCCAACAACACGAUGUCCAAGAAUUCUGUCGAGUUCUGUUUGACGCUAUUGAACAAAGUGUUGAAAGCACUGACCAAGCUAACAUGAUAAAAAACUUAUAUGAAGGAAGCUACAUAGACUAUGUAAAAUGCUUAAAUUGCUUAAAAGAAAGCUCUAGAGAGGACAAAUUCCUGGAUCUUAGCUUAACUGUCCGAAACGAUUUCGAUAAAAUUUACAAUGACUCGAUAGAAAAAGCACUAGCAAAUUAUAUAAGGCCUGAAGAGCUGACUGGGAGCAAUCAGUAUUACUGUGAACAUUGUGGGGGAAAACAAGAUGCCAUAAAAGGGCUGAAAUUUAAGUCGUUGCCAUAUAUUUUGGUAUUGCAGCUGAAAAGGUUUGACUUAGACUAUGAGACUUUUCAGAGGAUAAAAUUAAAUGAUAAGGUCACUUUUCCGCAGAUUUUGAAUAUGAACCCAUUUGUAAGAGAAAUCCCACAUGGAGACCCUGAAAGAAUAGAAAUUGAGUCAGAAGAUUCUGAAGAAGAAGAAACUCCUAUGAUAAUCCCUCAAAACCUUGACAAUCUGCAAUUAGUCCAUAGCAAAAUUAAUGCUUAUGACGCCAUUAUAGGGGAUUUUGACAAAAAACCUUUAAAACUUGACAAAGUGGCUAACUCCCCCCCUCCGUGAGUGAACAAAACCAUUAGAAAAAUCGCUAUUUUUUGCCCAAAACCCACCCUCCAUGAGUGAACAAAAAUUUUUUAAUAGAAAAAUUUUUAUGGAAAAAAAAUUUGAUAUAUAAAUGAUAAUUAGUAUAAUGAAAUCCAGAGCUAAUUCUGUUUAAUUUUAAACGAAUUGCUUUUUAAAACAUAAAUUUUAUAAAAUAAAAAUAAUAUUUGCUUUCCAAUUUUUGCGAAUUAGAUUUUUUUAAAUUUCGAAAAAAAAUAUUUUUUAUAAAAUUUAUAUAUAAUUUUUUUUUAAAAAAACAAAAAUAAACCCCCCUCCGUGAGUGAACAAAAUUUUUUUGUUCACUCACGGAGGGGGGGGGAGUAAGGAAAAACACAUAGCCAUGAGAGCUGAAGAAAAAAAGCAUGAAAGAGCCAAAAUGAUCCACAAAUACAGAGAAGACGGAGAAGAUGUCUAUGAGCUUUAUUCCAUCAUGAUUCAUUCAGGGUCUGCUAACGGCGGGCAUUAUUAUGCUUAUAUAAAGUCUUUUGAGACUGAAAGAUGGUAUGAUUUUGAUGACUCUUCUGUAAAAGAAAUUGACGAAAAAGACAUAGAAAAAGUAUUUGGCGGGGAAACCAAAAGUUAUGGAUGGUCAAGCUCUUAUUCCACAAAUGCCUAUCUCCUUAUGUAUCGAAAAGUUGACGAAAGCCGCAAUAUUUUGAGGGUUGAGGACUCAGAAAUCCCGCCUUAUAUUUUAGAAGAAAUUGAGCUUGAGAGAAAUAAAGAAAGAGAAGAAAUGAAUGCAAGAGAAGAAAAAAGAAAAAAUAUUAAGCUGAGGAUUUUUUAUCAAGGGAAAGAAAAAGAGCUUGAAAUCAAUAGAGAAAUGCUGAUCAGAGAACUGAAAAUUAAAGCAAUGGAAGAUUUUAAGAUCCAUGCUGAAGAAGAACAAAAUGUGAGGGUUAGAAAUUACAGCCAAUAUUAUGAUACAUACCAAGAAGUCCUUACUCACCUCCCAUCCAAAAAAUUUUGUAAUUUUUAAAAUAAUUUUUUGGAAAUUAAUAUAAUCUAAUUCGAAAAAAUUACCAUUAAUUUAUAAAAUUUAUAUUUUGCAAUAUAGGCUCAAUAGAAUUAACUAGAGAUUUCAUUAUAGCAAUUAUCACUUAUAUAUAUCAAAAUAAUUUUUGAUAAAAUUUUUGUUCUUUUUUUCAAAAAAUAAGGAUUUUUACAAUGGUUUUGUUGGCUUAAGGAAGUUAAUGAAGAAAAUUCAAUAGAAAGCGAAAAUGUUUUUUCUCAAAAAAUACUAGCUUUGGAGACUAAAAAAAGUGAUGAGGUUUUUGAAGACUAUGACCCGAGUAAAUAUACAAUAAAAGUCAAUGUGUGGGAUGAUAAAUACGCAAAUGAUGAUAUCCCAUAUGACCAAAAAAUCGCGAACCCAAAAAAAUUUUUAAUUGACAAAAGAUGCACGAUUCGACAAAUGAUGACACUUUUUGAAGAAAAAUUCGGGAUUCCUUUUAAUAAGCAAAAAGUCCUGAAAAAAAGUUUUGUCACCAUGACAUCACAGACAGAAGUGCUGUCACUUAAACAUUAUUUAGACCAAACUUUAGCAUUUUCAAGAGUGUAUGAUGGCUCCACACUUUUUGUUGAAGAAAUGGACGAUAUUACAGCAAAGUCCAAGUGGCAGAUUGAGUUCGAAAAAGAGUCAAAUAAGCUUGUAAUUAAGUUCAAUAACCCUGACCAAGUCACUAAAUAUUCUUCUCCAGAUUUCAAAGAAUUUGUCACAAUCCAUUCACAGAAAACUUUGGCUGACCUUAAAGCUUUAAUUUCUGCGGCGCAAGGCAUUUGUCAAGAUUUUACUAUUAUACCAUUACCUUAGACAUUUUUUCCAAAAUUUUCCUCAUAAAAACUGCUUAAAAUUCGAUAAAUACUCACGAGAAAAAUUUGACUAAAAAUCCUUAAAAAGGAAAAUUCUGAUAAAUGCCAUAACCAAUUUCUUCACAUUUAAAUAUCCCUGAAAAUGGAUUUAUUAUGAAAAGAGGCAGCUUAUAUGGCAGCGAGCUAAAAGACAUGACUUUAAAACUCAGCAUCGCCAAUAUUAUGAAUAGUUCUUAUAUUUAUAUAGAAAAAGGAAUACCUGCAAAUCCUAAUGAAAUUAGGCUCGUUUUUUCAGUUGCGGUACCACCUAAAGAUGGGGAAAACGAUGGGGUUGUGUUUAGCUUUGAAGAUACCUUUGAAAUUUCGGUUAAUUUAAAAGCAAAAAUCAUUGAUAUUAAGAAGAUCAUCUAUGAAAAAUUAAAAAAAAUCCAUCCAGAAUGGGAGUUAAAUCCACUCAAUAUUAGAUUGAGGGAAAAAGUCAAUGAAAAAUUAGCGAAACCAUAUAUGAAUGAUGACAGUUUAAAUAUUUAUCAUACUUUUGAUAGGAAAAAUAUUGGGAUUCAGAUUUUAGAGGAAGAAGAAAAGGCUUUGGAUUAUUAUGAAUUGCUGGUGGUCGUGAGGAGAUGGUGCCCGUCUACUUGGGAAUUGUCAACUCCAAAGGAGGUUGUGGUGAAUAAGCAUUGGAGACUUUCAGAUUUCGGCACAAAAUUAAGUGAAAUUUAUAAUAUCCCUCAAGAAAAUAUUGAGGUAGCAAAAAUUACGUAUUCGUGGAGCUUUAUUAGAGGAGAAUUGCUGACUGAGGAUUUUAUUAGCACAUAUAAUAAUUAUCAUUAUAUGUCAACACAGCCAUGGCAUCUGAGCUCUGAUGGUAUAUUGAGUUCAUUUAAUUCUAAAAAAAUACCAUAAAUUUCUUAUUUAUAUAAAAAAAUUGGAAAAUCUCCUAAUUCAAUUUUUUUCUUUAUACACUUUUCAUGUAAGAAAUAUUUAGUAUCAAAGACAGCAGAGAUAUCUUAAGAGACAUGACAAAAGAAGAAAAAGCAAAAUAUAUGCCAAAAUCAACAAGCUCUUAUAUAAGUAGCUAUACUAGUAGAUAUGAACCAGAAAAAGAAAAAAGCGUAAAAAUCACAGUAAAAAAAAAAAAUGCACAAGAAAAUAAGAAAGAAGAUGAUAUGGAUAUAGAUACUAAUACAAGCUAA